GAUGUAUGCAGUGUACUGUAUACUUUUAUUGAGACACCUGAGAUGGCUCGGUCAUGUGAGCCGUAUGGAUUCGACGCGGAUACCGAAACAACUUUUAUACGGUCAGCUGAGUAUUGGGAAGCGGCACGUAGGGAAACCAAAGUUACGUUACCAGGACAUGAUUAAAGUGAGCCUCACACGUUCUAAUCUUGAUUGCAGAUCAUGGGAAUCGAAGGCGGUUGAUCGGCGUGCAUGGCGCGAUCUAAUCACGAAGGCAGUUGCUGAGGUGCGGGAGAAAUCCCUCAUGCAUGCAGAGAAGAAGCGGCAGUUGCGGAAGCGGC